AUGACGGAUGAACAGAUAGAGGCCUUGAGGCGGCAAAUCGCCGCCUACGCCACCAUCUACAAGCAGCUCGCUGAGAUGCACAGGGAAACCACGCUAUGCCAGGAAUCCUUCAUAGGAGGCAGACUUGGUACUUUAUACUGUAGUCCACUAUCUAUCACCAAGAUCUCUACGAGGCAGCGCUGGACGCCAACGCCGGUGCAGCUUCAGAUUCUGGAGAGCAUCUUCUACCAAGGGAGCGACACUCCGAACAAAGAGGGGAUAAAGGACAUCACCGCCAAGCUCGCCGAGCACGGCCAGAUUUCUGAAACAAACGUCUACAACUGGUUCCAGAACCGAAGGGCUCGGUCUAAGAGAAAGCAGGCAAAUCCAACACAAAACAAUGCUGAAUUCGAAGAGGCCGAGUCCCUCAAUGCCAAGAGAGCCAGGACUGAGAAGCUGGUUCCACAGAGCAGUAAUCUACCCCCCAUAAGUGAUGAUCACCAGUUUCAGGAUGUCAACUCUGAACUGCGAUUCGUCGAUCAGGAUCACGCUAGAAGCCGAGUUGUGUAUUCGUUCAUCCAUGAUGCUUCGAAGGUUGCGAAUGGUUCCGGCAGCAGCGGCAUGGCUAUAUUUCAGGCUGGUGAAUAUGUUGUAAACCUGUUGAUAGAAGCUGAAGGGAUCACAAGUUAG